GCCCAACCCAGCAUGUAAAAGCAGCCCCGAGCACGGCUGCUCUGUCUGGUGUGAGCCUCCUCCGGUCGCACGUGCCCUGCCCUGCCUUGCUCCAGCUCCAGCUCCAGUCCAGCUGUGCCACGAGAGGCUGUGGGAUCAUGGCCCAGCAAAGCGCUGCCCUGCUCCUGCUCCUGUGUCUCCUGCCAGCCCUGCCGGCGGCUGUGCAGAUCAGCGCGAGGGGCCGGGAGGUGCUGUACCUGGCCAAGGGGGAGACAGUGAAGUUGGGCUGCCCCUACACCCUUGAGCCUGAGGACAAUGGCUCCGGUGCCCUGGGCAUCGAGUGGAUCCAGCUGAGCCCAGACACAGUGCACCCAGACAGUGUGUUCCUGACCUACCAGGACCAGCAGGUGAGGUACCCGGGCACCCCGGGCCUGCAGCACAGGGUGGCAUUUGUGCAGAAGGAUCCGAGCCAGCACGACGCCUCCAUCCAGCUGGCGAACCUGCAGGUAUCAGACACGGCCACCUACCAGUGCCGGGUGAGGAAGCACACGCUGGCCACUCACGAGGUCACCAUCACCGUGCAAGAGAAGCCAGUGACCCCGCAGUGCUGGACAGAAGGGGAGCAGGUCGAGGGCAGCAAUGUUGUCCUGAAAUGCUACUGCCAGGGCGGCUCCGCUCCCCUCUCCUACCAGUGGUCCAGAGUGGAGGAGGACUUUGCUGCGGGGGGGCUGCCCCUGGGCACAGGGCAGGGGCACAUCCCCGGGGAGCUGUACAUCCACAGCCUGUCGCAGCAGCAUGCCGGGAUCUACCAGUGCCGCGUGGCCAACAGGGUGGGCUACUCCCAGUGCCGUGUGACCAUCUCCGUCAGCUCAGGUGCAGCGCGGGUGUGGGUCAUUGUGGGCUCCAUCCUGGGGUCCCUCCUCUUCCUCAUCCUGCUCAUCCUGCUCAUCUGGGGCUUGCUGUGGUACCACAGACGGAGGUGCUGCUGGCGGGAGGUGCCUGGGGACAGCAGGAACAGUGCUAGUGCCACCCCGGGCAGAGCCAGCCCCCAGCAUCACUCCAUCAGCUAUCUGCAGUGCCAGCAGUGUGAGCAGGGUGACCUUGGUCCCUGCCCUGUCCAUGCACUGGGGCACUAGGGCAAGCGCUCCGAAAUGGGUUUGGAGAGCUAGGGUCUUGUGUGGCCCCAUCAUGGCACGACCCUGGCCCAACCAGCACAUGGACAUCGACACCAGGGAGGCUGGUGAGGAGGUGCUGGGGGCAGCACAUGACACGGAGCAUCAUCGAGCAGCACCAGGCAACCACGUGGGACAAGCAACCAGGGCUUCUCCAGGUCUCUGCAGAGAGCGGCUGGAGCUUCCCAUUGUCAAGCAACUGCUGUUGCUGGGGAGGGAGGAGCAGCUCCUGCGGCUUGACGCUGAGCCGUGAAUCCACUGCUCUCCCUGCCUCCAACAAACAGGCUGGGGGGCAGCUGUAGGGAGCAGGGUAGCUCGCUUUGGGCUGUUAGUGGGACCCAGGGUGGCUGAUCUGUCCCAGACAGCAGCUUGCAGCUGACAGGUGCCCACAGCAGUGGCUGCCCCACACCCUGGCAUGUUUCUGGGUCCAGGAUGCCACCUGGCAGGUCUGGGCUGAUGAGGCCCCCUCUGCUGAGCUGAGCCAAGCUUUACACGCUGGUGCCACACAGUGCAGCUGGCCUGAGACAGAGAGGAGCCAGAAGAAUAGGAUUUUAGCCCAGUGCAGCACAUGGGUUACAUCAACAGACCUCCUGUGUUGGGCUAAGUCCACAUGUGUUACCUUUUGUUGGAGUAAGCGUGGGCCCCUUUCUAAAACAUCCCUGCCCUUCAUCCUGCCCAUGGACACUGCCCCACCAGGCCUGCUCUUCCUUUCUUCAUCGUCGGUUUUGCUCGGUGUUCUGCGGUUGUUCAGAAAAUCAUGAUCACAAGCCGCUCUCACAAAACCCUCCAGCCAAACCUCCACUUCGAAUGCAUUGGUUAUGGAUUGGCUCCAGGGAUUAGCAUUGACAUUGCUCUUGAUAUAGGAAGAUGAUCUCGGUACAAUUAUUAGCUUUUUAUCAAAUGUGGGAAUAAACCAAAAUGCAUUCA